UCAGCAACCAUUGUUAAAUUUAGCAACCAGUGGUUAAAUCUGUAAACAGGGUUGUCUAACUUUGACCUAUUCAGCUGCCUUGUUUAGCGCUAAACAGGGCAUUUUAGCGGCGGACGAACUGUCAAUUUAGCAACGCUAUUUAAACGCGGGUAGGGGCAUGUUUACAGCCGUUGUUAGUGAAAAUGGCGGGGUUCGCACGAGACAUCGAAGACGUUGUUAAUAUUCGCGAAGGAUUCGGUGUGAAUGUUGAACAUGUUCGACAUGUGAGACCGCGCAAAGAUCCGUUUGAGGAGUAUAGUGAUCGCGAAUUUCGCAACCGUUAUCGGUUGACGAAAGACGCUGUACACUUCGUGAUUGAUUUGGUGCGAGGAGAUCUGGAACAUCUUUCUGAUCAAGCCUUGAACAUUUCUCCAGCUCUCCAGGUACUGGUGACUUUGAGGUAUUUUGCUAAAGGAUGCUAUCAAACAGAGCUAGGUGAUCUGCAUGGGAUUAGCCAACCGUCAGUGUCACGAAUUGUACACCGGGUGUCACGAGCUAUUGCAGGAGUGUUACCACGUUUUGUUCAUUGGCCUCAGGAUAUAGAGAGGGUGAAACAGGAUUUUUACGAUGUGGCCCACUUUCCAAACAUCGUUGGGUGUGUUGACUGCACACACAUCAAGAUUAAAAAUCCGGAUGGUUCUCGCCCUUUACUGUACUGUAACCGCAAGGGAUUUUAUUCGGUCAAUGUACAAGUUGUGUGUGAUGCUACCAGUCGCAUUACACAUAUUGUCGCUCGAUGGAGAGGCAGUGUUCAUGACUCCAGAAUCUGGAAUAACUGCACCCUGAAGGAUGACUUUGAGCACGGCAGAAAGACAGGCAUUUUAUUAGGUGACAGUGGAUAUGCAUGCACACCAUACAUGCUCACGCCUCUUCUGAACACCCACAAUGCAGCAGAAAGAAGAAGCAUACAAUAGAGCACACAAAGCCACACGUGUGACAGUGGAGUGCUGUUUUGGAAGAUGGAAAUCCAUGUUUCGAGCUCUCCAGAACAACAUGCAAGUGUCACUGGAUACCGCAAAAGCCUGCAUAUCAGCCAUAGCAGUGCUAUACAACAUCAAGCUCAGUUAUGAUGACAACUUUGAAUAUGAUGAUAAUGAGGAUAUCGAAGAUGAGGAGCCUGUAGAAGAGGAGGCGGUAGUAGCAGAACAAAUGGCUGGAAAUUUGUUCCGACAACAAUUUAUUCGCCAACAUUUCCAACGUUAGAUGUGAUCUGCAGGGAUGGCAGGAGCGACUGGUCUCACUGGUGUUGCAGACGGCGACAAGGAAGGUGUUUCUGCAUGCAACGGUUCGGGAACACUAGAAACGUAUUUUAUGUUGUAUUUUAAAUUUUCAAUAUAUAAUUAAUUACAUA